AUGGACAAUUCUGGCAACACAACCAAAGAUUCCAGCUUCAAUACUACAACAUAUACCUCUAUUGCUCCUUACACCACGGACUAUUUCGUCAGUGCGGAGAGUUAUCAGAAGACGGUAGUUAAUGAACCCAGAAUAUUACAUAGUCUGGUCUCCUCUGAAGAUAAAACGGAACAAGUUUCAGACUUUGAAGAAAAAUGCGAAAGGCUAACUGAUGUAGAAUUACAAGGCUUAAUACAAAGAACUCGCACUCAUAUCGUUCCGCGUUUGAUAAAAACAAAAAAUAUUUCAGAACUCUCAAGACUAUUGCUGAGGAACAAUGCUUCGGUUCAUGAACAAUUCUCAAGGUUUAUAGGACAGUUGUUUCUCCAGAAGAAACCCGAUAAGAAGUGGUCAGAGGUACAGCACCAUGUCUUGGCCGAGAUAACCUUACGUGGAAUUGGUGCGUUUCUUUGUCAUUCUAAGGGAGAGAAAGACGACGUUUUGAAGGUUGCCGAAAUCGGCUGGAGAAGGAUGUCAGGACACAAGAGUUUUCUUCCUCUCCCACAGGAACUCUCCAGUCACCUCUUCUCGGGUGACAAACACCUUGUCAAUAGCAUCAUCCAAUGUCUCAACAUCUCUGAGGGAUCAUUGCUGGAAUUUACAGAAACGUACAUUCAAAGCCACGUCACUGAUUUAGUCUUCCAUCAUACAAAAAGGGAAAUUUUGCCAAAAAAGAGUGAUCACUCAUAUUGGUCUAUUUGUCCAGGGCGCAUCAACAAGUGCGAUGCAAGCAUUGCCAUACUUGUUCCAGGCAUAUCAAUGAGUUCUCUUCAGGUAACAAAGAAGGAAUGUAAGAUAAAGAACGACAUGCUAGAAAAUGAUUUUAAAAUUCUUUUAGGAUUACAAAAUGGUGAAACUCAUAUCAACGUUGUUAGAUUACUGGCCUACAGUGUCCUAAAGAAUUCACUUCCUUUCUAUGUAAAAGAGAACCACAGAACAGAAAUAUUGGAAAAACUUCUAGAAAUACGAGGACAAAAAACAAAAUUUCCUGUGCUUUGGUUAAAUAAUCGUUUGAUUGAAAUGCUGACCGCCAUCAAUUACUUGCAUGGCAAAAAAAUCAUCCAUCGUGAUGUCACACUUCGGUGCUUUCAUCUUGCACGAUUCUCAGAAACCGAAGAGGAUGCAGCCGUUUUGUAUGAUUUGAAUCUUGCAUGUCAAACAGACUUCAGCAUGACAGCGAGUUGUGAUCAGGUAGCAGGUAAGAUGACAGAUAUGCAGGGAGAUGGCAUUCCUAUUCGUUGGUCGGCUGUUGAGUCAAUCCUUUUAGAUUGCUAUGACGCCAGAUCCGAUAUUUGGAUGUUUGGUCACGUAAUCCACGAGCUGUUCACGUACGGAUGUGAACCAUUUACAGAUCAUUACAGCUCUACCACCGAUGAUAUCAUAUCAGGGGUAUUAUCGGGAGACAUAUCCCCUCACCGGUGGCCCUGUAUUCCCUAUGACUACCACAAGUUAGCAAUCUCUUGUUGGAGGACAGACCCAAAAGACAGGCCGUCUGCCGAGGAACUCUUGAAAGAGCUCAGGAGGUUAAGGGAUAAACGAGCAGUAGCAAAUGAAGAAACUUCCGACCCCCCUCAUCUUAGUGAGCGUCAAAAGGAACGAGGUCAUGAACCCGAGAGGGGCAUAUCACCGUUCAUAAGAAAGCUCAAAGAGAAAAGCCUAGAGAAAAAAGAAAAUAUCAGGGAAACUGUUAUUGAGAUCAGACGCCAAAGUAUGUCGCAUCCUACAAUCCCUGUUAAUAAACGUGCUUCUGUUUUGUGCCCCGAAGAUCUCAAAACAUUGCAUAAUUCACUCGUCGAGGACGCAGGAGAAUACCUACGCAUCGAAGAGCAAGUCACUGUGGAAUUCUGCGAGAAAAUCCUCCCCGCUAUGAGUCCUGAUUUCAGUGAGAAAAUGGGGAUCAUUGCUAAUACUCUCUCUCGUGAAAAGAAGAACAUGACUGGACAAGGAAUAGCAAAUGUUUUAACAUACAAAUACCCAAAAGCUGUUAAUAUUCUGGAAUUAUUGAAAGGCAAUGUGUCUCAACAUUCAUGUGCUAAAAUGCUUCUAGCUGUGGCACAGCUUGUUCAGAGAAUGCAUGCAAAGAGAUGGGUGAUGGUUGCCCUGACAGCAAAGAAUAUAUAUAUUCAACAACAGGAAAACCAAUAUAGGGCGUUUCUAAUAAAAUUAGGCACAAUGGUACGCCUACCUGAAUCUCCCGAUAUAAAUCAAGGAAGUGUUCAUGUCUCCCACAGAUUUGAGGACAUGAUAUUUUGGAUCCCGAGGGAGGUGAUAGCUUUUGGAGAACUAUCUGCAGGAAGUGACGUGUACACGAUGGCGAUGUUGUUUUAUCAAGUUUAUAUGGCAUUCUCCGGGCAUGGCGAACUUCAAACAGUUCCCUUUGGCCGAAAUUAUAAAUCUGAGAUACUUGGUGUGCUUAAUGAAGGACAGAAACCAGAAAAACCAGAAAAGUGUCCCGGCUGGCUAUAUGAUGACGUCAUGAUUCCUUGUUGGCAUAGCGAUAGAUCGUGCAGACCAUCAAUUUGUGACAUAGUGGGAAUCAUGUCAGAGAGGAUAAGUGAGAACCAAGGCAUCGCAGCUUCAAGUUUAAAAACAGACAAAAGAUCAUUAAAUAAUGAAAAUGAUACAUCCCAAGAAACAAUCACCAAGGAACAAAAUCUUGAUGGUGGAUAUUUGGAUGCUGGAGACACUGAUAAACAACAACGCUUAGGAUAUUACAUGUUAGGUCAGACUACAGAAAACCAGUAUGAUGAUAUUAUGAAUACCAAUUCCAAUUCUUCCAGAAGAAACUUUGAAAGUUCUACCCGGUCAUUUACUCUAAAUGACAAAGAAAUGGCACAGUUUGAUGUGAUUGGCCACCACCCUUUUUCUGUGUUGUCAUCGUCAUCUUUUGUGUCCCCUAUGACAAACACAAACUUGGGAUUUCCUAAUGUUCGAGUCACAGACCCCCGACCCUUCCAAGAUAGGUCUCGGGCAUUUGGAGUUACGAACACGGACCCAGAAUCUAACAAUACAAAAAGCAACCCACUUUUUGAUAGUUUUUUAAGUGGUGAUGGAUUCUCAGCAAGCCUAUCCACAAACACAACUACAGCAAGCUUAUCCACAAACACAACUACAGCAAGCUUAUCCACAAACACUUCUACAGCAAACUUAUCCACAAACACUGCUACAGCAAGCUUAUCCACAAACACUGCUACAACAAGCUUAUCCACAAACACUGCUAUAGCAAGCUUAUCCACAAACACUGCUACAGCAAGCUUAUCCCCAAACACUGCUACAGCAAGCUUAUCCACAAACACAACUACAGCAAGCUUAUCCACAAACACUACUACAACAAGCUUAUCCACAAACACUACUACAGCACGCUUAUCCACAAACACGGCUACAGCAAGCUUAUCCACAAACACUGCUACAGCAAGCUUAUCCACAAACACUGCUACAGCAAGCUUAUCCACAAACACAACUACAGCAAGCUUAUCCACAAACACAACUACAGCAAGCUUAUCCAUGAACACAACAAGAAAAGAAGAAUUGGAAAAAGGAAUUCCGAGUAGCAUGGUGCUUACAGAUACUAUCUCUGACUCAGUGAAUAAAUCAUCAGAUUUUACCAGCUCACAGAGUUAAGCAAAUAUUUGUUCUCACUUUCUUUUUUUUUAAAUUGCAUUUAAUAAUGCACUAUUUUUUAUUUUAAAAGAACUCCAUUUUACUCUUUUUGCCAAUUUUGGUGCAAUCAUAUAGGACUUGUAGCCAUGUCUAAGAGAAAUAGUGUUAUACGGUCAACAAAAAAGUUGCCUGGAAUAAUAAGAUUAGAUGCACCAGAUGUUUGACAAAAGAGAAAGGUUUCACAUGCAAUAGAUCUAACUUAAAUUUUAA